CUGUCACUGUCCCGACUCCAUCCCAAUCACAAUCCCAAUCCCAAUCCCAAUCCAAAUCGACUCCGUUCCGUUUGUCCCCCGCAUCCAUCCAUCCGCCCACCUUCCCAAACCCUCGAUUGGAGCGGAGCGGAGGCGACGGAUGCGGGUGCCGCCGCCGCAGCCGCAGCCGCCGGAGCGCUCCGACGACAACCACCAGUUCCAGAUCUGACCGGAAUGGCGAUGCGGGGCGUCGAUUUCAAGUGGUACGACGGCUUCUUCCUCUCCAUGCUCGCCACCAGCGUGAUCAUCGUGUCCAUCAACUGGAGGAGGUACCGCCUCUGCGCGCACCCGCUCCACAUAUGGAUCGUCGUCGACUACACCACCGUCUUCGUCUUCCGCCUCCUCAUGUUCCUCGACAACGGCCUCGCUGCAGGGAUGGGACUGGAUCUUGGAUGGCAACAGAGAUAUACUCGUUUCUGUGGGAGGAUACUUGUUCUCUCAGUCCUUGUACUUCUUCUCUACCCCUUUCUGUGGGUUUGGACUGUGAUAGGAACAUUGUGGUUUAACAGUGCAAGGAGCUGUUUGCCAGAGGAAGGACAAAAAUGGGGCUUCCUGAUAUGGCUGCUUUUCAGUUACUGUGGGCUCGCUUGUAUUGCAUGCGUGGCUGUUGGAAAGUGGCUAAACCGAAGGCAUGCUCUCCAACUGAGGGCACAGCAGGGAAUUCCGGUCUCUGAAUACGGGGUUUUGGUUGACAUGAUUCGUGUGCCUGACUGGGCUUUCGAAGCGGUCGGCUUGGAACUGAGAGGAAUGGGCCAAGACACUGCAUAUCAUCCUGGCCUUUACCUAACAACAGCCCAGAGGGAAGCGGUGGAGGCUCUGAUCCAGGAGCUCCCCAAGUUCAUGCUGAAAGCGGUGCCGACGGACUGCAGUGAGUGCCCGAUCUGCCUGGAGGAGUUCAAGGUGGGGAACGAGGUGCGUGGCCUCCCGUGCGCGCACAACUUCCACGUGGAGUGCAUCGACCAGUGGCUGCGGCUGAACGUCAAGUGCCCGCGGUGCCGCUGCUCAGUGUUCCCCAACCUGGACCUGAGCGCGCUCAACGGCAUCCGCUCCAGCAGCGAGAUGCUGCAGCAGGACCGCCCCUCGGGGAGCAGUGUUGGUGAGGUGGCAGCGACGGCCAACCGGUACGUUGGGCCACAGCCAGCGGCGGGGCGGAGCUACCUGGUGCGGCUGCAGGGCCUGCUGCUCCGGCCCGUGGUGGGGCAUCACGAUGGCGGUGUAAGUGUUGACAGUGAGGGUGGGCGAGCGGUGGCGGCUGAGGUGGGGAGCGGCGUGGUGGUGGUGGUUGAUGAUGGGCAUGAGCUGCGGGAUCGCUGAGUUACCGCUGUGAGGGCCAUACAUCAUGAGUGUAGGGAGAGAGGGUGUAUGGUUUUGGCGUGUAUGUAGAUUAACAUAUGUAUGUAUGGUUGUUACAAAGAGAGGAGAGGAGAGGAGAUUCCUUGGAAGAUUGUUACCAUAGUAAAUGGAGAGGUGUUAUAUGUA